UUCGUACUGCGUGACUGCAUCAUCAGAAUCGUGGUGUAUCAAAUGAUAGGAUGUCAUUUCGAGGAUUACAAGAUCACAGAUCCGUAGAAGCAGAAACGAGCAUUGAUUGCCAACUUAAAUGCAGGCCAAAUAGUACAUACAUACACAGGUGUUCCAGGCAAGAAUGACGAGGAAGAGAUGGCAAGGUAACAGUGUUGCAUGGUGGGCUCCCGUACCAUAGUCCGGUCCCGUGAACAAUGGAGUUUUCCCAUCCGAUCCCCAUUCCGCGCUUUAGUGCCUUUAACCACCAUCCAACCAUGGUGACAACCAUCCCCCACCAUUUCCUCUCAGUAUAUAAGCAUAUCCUGCCAGUUGCUCAGAUUGCAAUCUCAUCCAAGAUCUCGAUCUCUCUCUCUCUCGCACUUUCUCUCUCUCUAGAGAACAAUGGUGGUGCGGAAGAGGAGUCUUGUCUUUGUUGUUCUAUUGGUGGUGUUUGGGGUAGGGAGGUGUUUGGCACAGAGUGGAGGACUCAGCAGGAGUAGUUUCCCCGAGGGGUUCGUCUUUGGAACAGCUUCAUCAUCCUACCAGUACGAAGGAGCGGUGGAGGAGGAUGGAAAGGGGAGAACGGUGUGGGAUGUCUUCGCUCAUACCUUCGGGAAGGUGAUUGAUUUCAGCAACGCUGAUGUCGCCGUUGAUCAGUACCAUCGGUUUGAUGAAGACAUACUCCUUAUGAAAGACAUGGGCAUGGAUGCUUACAGGUUCUCAAUCGCAUGGUCACGCAUCUUCCCAAAUGGAACUGGUGAGGUCAAUCAGGCAGGGAUAGACCAUUACAACAAGUUAAUCAAUGCUUUGCUAGCCAAUGGGAUCGAACCAUACGUGACUCUUUAUCACUGGGACCUUCCUCAAGCAUUAGAAGACCGAUACGACGGAUGGAUUGAUCCACGAAUUAUACAGGACUAUGCGGACUAUGCAGAGACAUGCUUCAAGGCAUUUGGGGACCGAGUCAAGCGCUGGAUGACCUUCAAUGAGCCCCACACCUUCGCGAUCCAAGGCUAUGACGUGGGACUCCAAGCCCCUGGGCGCUGCUCCGCUUUCCUUCGGCUGCUCUGCAGGGCAGGGAACUCAGCAACUGAGCCGUAUAUUGUUGCCCAUAAUGUUCUUCUAUCGCAUGCCACUGUCUCUGACAUUUACAGGAGAAAGUAUAAGCAAAAGCAACAAGGAUCACUUGGCAUAGCAUUUGAUGUUAUGUGGUAUGAGCCCAUGACAAACUCCUCUGAAGACAUCGAUGCGACGCAACGAGCACAAGACUUCCAGUUCGGAUGGUUCAUGGAUCCACUGUUCUUUGGGGAUUAUCCAAGCUCAAUGAGGAAGAGAGUUGGAAACAGGUUGCCAAGGUUUACAACAGCUGAGGCUGCUCUAGUUAAGGGGUCAUUGGAUUUUGUGGGAGUAAACCAUUACACCACAUAUUAUGCAAAGCACAACUCAACUAAUAUAAUUGGAAUACUCCUCAAUGAUACCCUUGCAGAUUCUGGAGCUAUGACUCUUCCUUUCAAGAAUGGAAAGGCAAUUGGAGAUCGGGCUUCUUCAAUAUGGCUCUAUAUUGUACCUCAAGGGCUGAGAAGCCUGAUGAAUCACAUCAAGCAGAAGUAUGGGAAUCCUGUGGUUAUCAUCACAGAGAAUGGGAUGGAUGAUUUCAACAACCCAUUUAUCUCAAUUAAGCAUGCUCUGAACGACGAUAAAAGAAUCAGAUACCACAAUGACUAUCUAUUGAACUUGUUGGCCUCCAUAAGGGAAGAUGGAUGUAAUGUGCAGGGAUACUUUGCUUGGUCUCUUCUCGACAACUGGGAGUGGGCUGCAGGGUAUACUUCUAGAUUUGGCCUGUACUUUGUUGAUUACAAGGAUAAACUCAAGAGAUACCCAAAGAAAUCAGUUACCUGGUUCAAGAACCUGUUGAAGUCUGCAUAAACUGUUGCUAAGUCCCCCUAAUAAACUAUGGAAGAAGGAAUGAUGGAGAUUAAUUGUUGAUGUGCUGUUUAUUAGUAAGCUCUAUUGUAGCUUCAUAUUCAACUGUGAUUUCAUUCUUGUGGUUCAAUAUAAAGGAAUUGUUCA